AAUUACCCAUAGUGCAUGGCUUUGUAGCCACACGUGCUCGAUCCAACAUGUCAGCGCCUGUUGGGACGAUGGCCGAAGACUCAAGCAGUGAAGAUGAAGAUCUAGAACAGUUUAAGGAAGCAGCUUGGAGUUUUGGCACAUAUGGAACUAAUGGCACACACAAUGCCAACCCGGCAGAUGGGGUAAGCAAUGUCAAGCAAUCCCGUCGUGUGGCUGUAUCUAAACAUGAACAUGAUGGGAACGAGUUACAGACAACCCCGGAGUUCCGUGCGCACGUUGCAAAGAAAUUAGGGGCUCUGCUUGACAGUUGUAUUUCAGUGAUAUCUGCAGAAACAUCAAGACCCUGCACAGAGUCAACCAAAUGUGAAGAUGGUUUUGAAGGUUUCCAGCUGUUCACCACAUCUGUCCCAGGAGAGUUUACCAUUGAUCCCCCUCCUCCUCCUGUAAGGCGCAGGCCCAUCCCCAGCUCAAGUGACAGUGACAGUGAAAUGGAGAUGAGACUGAGAGAGGCAGCAGUGUCAGUCACAGACCUCCUAUCAUCAGCUCUCCCCAGUGAGAUUACACAUUCCCUGCCGGAGUCCCCCAGCUCAGAGAAAAUGAAGAACAACAACAACAAAAGAGAGGAGGCAGAAAGAGAGGACAGCCCUGUCCCAAAGAAAAAUAAGAAAAGGAAAGCUCUCCAGGGGGAGUGUGGAGAGGUAGAGCACUGUGGAGAAUCCUCACCUAAUGCUAAAUCCGAUGAGGAGCAGAAGAGGCCAGAAGAGGACAUUCUACCCCUGAAGAAGAAGAAGAAGAAGAAGAAGAAGAAAAAAGGCACAGAUGAAGUAUAAAAGCACUGAGAGACUUGUGUGCUGUUAUUUGGGAUGUUGGCUGUUUGUUCCAUACUUGUGAGACCUGUUGUACUUGGGAAUCUUAUCACUGAUUAUAAGAUGGUCAAGUCAUACACUUAUAUCACAGCAAUUUUGUACUAUGUAGAUUGCAUUCCAGAAAAUAACAAUGUGAUCUUUCAGAAAUGUGAAAUAAGUCUUUCACAAGAUAUUUGAUGACCGUUUUCUCUACCCAAAACACAAUUUGUUCUACGCCUUGUUUCGUAAAGGACGUCGCUUACACUGAAUUCGACUUACAUGUAAAUUUAUGAGCAGGAUGCUACAAUCCUUUUUUAUGAACAAUUCUCUGUUGAUAACGUACACACUCUGGCCAGUUUAUUUGGUACAAUACCCUGUUCACAAAAAUGGAUCGCUUGUACAGACAGUGAGUCACUUGGCUGUGGCUUGGUAUAUAAGACGGGCAUUGAGGCAUUCAGUUACUGUUCAAUUGAAUGUUAGAAUGGGCAAAACGAGUGACCUAAGCGACUUUGAGCAUGGUAUGAUCAUCUGUGCCAGGUGCACCGGAUCCAGUAUCUCAGAAACAGCCACCCUCCUGGGCUUUUGACGGACAACAGUGUCUAGGGUUUACAGAGAAUGGUGCAACAAACAAAAUCAUCAGUCAGUGGCAGUCCUGUGGGCAAAAACAGCUUGUUGAAGGAAAAUGGCAAGAAUCGUGCAAGCUAACAGGUGGGCCACAAAUAGACAUAUAACGGCGCAGAAGGGCAUCUCGGAACGCACAACUUGUCGAUCCUUGCCACAAAUGGGCUAUAGCAGCAGACAACCACACUGGGUUCCCUUCCUCAUCAGCUAAAAACAAGAAGAAGCAGCUCCAGUGGGGAUGUGAUCACUGACAAAUACUGUUGUAUUAUGCUGAUGGCAGAGUCAGGAUUUGGUGUAAGCAGCAUGAAUCCACGGACCCAUCCUGCCUGGUGUCAACAGUACAGACUGGUGGCGGUAGUGUACUGGUGUGGGGAAUGUUUUCCUGGCACACGUUAGGUCUCUUGAUACCAAUUGAGCAACCAAAUAUUCCGACACCUAAUAGAAUUCAUGCCCCGAAAAAUUCAGGCUGCUCUGGAGGCAAAGGGGGUCUGAACCGGCACUUGAUGGGUGCAGUGCUUCAUUUCAGUUAGAUCUUGCCAGAACAGGAUCCGGCACAGACUGUUUGGCCUGAUCCGGUACCUCUCAUGGCAUGAACAAUUAUUUAUCUGAUUUAUUGAAAUACAUUUGCCAAAGUUAUAGAAUUACUGCUGUCUGUUCAGAAAUAAAUGAAAUAAUUCAGAAUACUAUACUACACAAUGAAAAGGACUACCCUGCGUGCACAGUUAUUGGGCAAGUGAGUAUUCUGAUCUUAUUAUUUUUAUGCAUAUUUUCAAAUUCCAAACCAUAUAAACUUGAAUGCUUAUUGGA